AUGGGACAAGAUGAGUUUUAUCGAGAGAAAUCUCAUCCUGAAGAGAUAUGUUUCCCAGAUAGUGCUUCUCCUUUGACAUCUACUGAUGUUAUCGAGCCAUUUAGAGGAGACACUAUUGACAAUAAGAUGGAGGCUUACAAAGGGCUGGUACAAGAAGUACCGCGAGUGCGAAAUACGCUGUUUGGUUUCACGCUUAAUGAUAACCGUAUCAAUGCUAUAUCUGGUGCCCUGGCGGGGUUGCUGUCAGGUAUAGUAGUGUGUCCUCUUGAUGUUGCCAAGACGAGGUUGCAAGCUCAAGGAUUGCAAACGAGAACCACCGAGAAUUUGUACUACAGGGGGUCCAUAGGGACAAUGACCACUAUUGUGAGGGACGAAGGUGUACGUGGGUUGUAUAAAGGUCUAGUGCCAAUUAUCAUGGGUUAUUUCCCAACAUGGAUGAUAUAUUUUUCAGUUUACGAGUUUUGUAAGGAUAAUCUACGAACAAACUCUUCUAACUGGAGCUUUGUAUCUCAUUCAUUCUCUGCUAUUACUGCGGGUGCUGUAUCGACUGUGGUAACCAACCCGAUUUGGGUCGUGAAAACUAGACUAAUGCUUCAGACUCAUAUAGGAAGCAACACCACUCACUACCAAGGUACCUACGACGCAUUCAAGAAGAUAAUAAAUCAGGAAGGGGUUAAAGCGUUGUAUGCAGGAUUGGUCCCAUCACUAUUGGGAUUAUUGCAUGUAGCUAUUCAUUUCCCUGUUUAUGAGAGGUUGAAGGUAUCAUUUAAGUGCUAUCAAAGGGAUGAGAGUUCUAAUGAAUCAAAAAUUAACUUGAAACGAUUGAUUUUAGCAUCAUCAGUCUCAAAGAUGGUUGCCUCGGUGCUUUCAUACCCUCAUGAAAUACUUAGAACAAGGCUGCAAUUAAAAUCUGACCUCCCAUCACAUCAGAGAAGAUUGAUUCCAUUGAUAAAGAUUACAUACAUUCAAGAAGGAAUAUUCGGAUUCUAUUCUGGUUUUGGAACUAAUUUAUUCAGAACUUUACCUGCAUCGGCUAUUACUCUAGUUUCUUUCGAAUACGUUAGGAACUUUCUCAACAAAAUAUAG